UUCGUGAUAAAGCCAUUGAAAGAGUUAUUCUAGAAUUAAAUGUUAAAUGUAAUAACAGUUUCAAAAAGUGUCAAUGGACUGGAACACUGAGAACAUAUAAUAACCAUUUAGAAUCUUGUGAAUAUCAAAAAAUAAAAUGCCUCAAUAAACAGUGUUCCACUUUACUUUUACGUAAUGAGAUGAGGAAUCACACAGAAAUAAAAUGCAUUUAUCGUUUGGUUACCUGUCAAUAUUGCAGUGAAAAGAUGCUUUUUUGUGAGAUGCAGAAUCACUUGGAAACUUGCAAACGUUAUUGCGUAAAUGAAUGUGGCAUAAAAGUUUUGAGUAAAGAGAUGUCGUCCCAUAUCACUAAUAGCUGCGCUAAUACAAUUAUUUCUUGUCAAUACUCUUACAUUGGAUGUAACUUUAAGGGAAUGAGAAAAGAACAAGGUACUCAUGUCAAUUCUUCAACACAAAACCAUCUUUCAAAGGCAAUAUCUAAAGUUGCUGCACUUGAAAAUGAAAUAAUCAUUCUCAAAAAUGAAAGGAACAUUUGUUGGUUUUUGGUUGGGUUGGUUGUUAUUGCCGUGGUGGUCUUGACACUUUUUUACAACAAUAUCGGCAUCUAUGGAAAUGGAAUUCUAUUUUCCAAAUUCUUCUAUGUUAUAUAUUCUAUAUUAUUAUUUAUUCUAUAUAAUAUAUUCUAUUUUAUUUUAUAUUACAUUCCAUUUUAUAUAUUCUAUAUUAUUAUAUUUUAUAUAAUGUUAGGUAUUUUGUUGGUUUCGUUUUUAUUAAAUAUUUUAUUAAUGGCUACAAGAUAAUAAUAAUGAAGAGAAACUGCUGUGCUUGUGGCUUAAUAAUUAAACAUUUUAACCUUUUUUGUGACCAUUUAGGU